AUGGCACAGAACGCAAAGCCUAUCGACAGGAUAGACAACCCUGGCAUCAAGGCUGAGGGCCAGCUGCUCAUGGAUCUGCGCAGGGAGGUCUCGCAGCUGUUGCAGAGGGCUCAGCCUGGAUUUCCCGGAGCACAACCUGUCAGUUUUGCGAGAAGACAUCUGCAGGACCUGCUGCAGAAAGACUACUACGUCUGCGAGAAAACCGACGGCAUUCGCUAUCUCCUCUACCUGACCCAGGAUGAGCACGGCUCGGAGGCCGUGUACCUGAUCGACCGCAAGAACGACUUCUGGUUCAUGCAGAACCGUAAUCUACAUUUUCCAACAAAGGAGAGCGAAGGUGCCUACCAUACGGAUACCGUCAUCGACGGCGAGUUGGUCAUGGAUCGCCAGCCCGACGGCACCGAGAAGCCAUCGUUCCUCGUAUUCGACUGCCUUGUCCUUGAUAGCAAGCUUCUCAUGGAGCGGCAGCUUGACAAGCGCCUGGCCUACUUCCAACACAACAUCUACGUGCCCUACAAGAACCUGUUCAAAAAGUACCCGCACGAAUCCAAGUUCCAGGCCUUCCAGCUCGUGAUGAAGGACAUGCAACUCGCCUACGGCCUUGGGAAGAUUUUUCACGAGGUCCUGCCCAACCUGACACACGGCAACGACGGGCUCAUCUUUACCUGCCGCGAGACGCCUUACAAGUGCGGCACCGAUGAGCACAUUCUCAAGUGGAAGCCCGCCGACGAGAAUACUGUCGACUUCAAGCUGCACUUGGAAUUUCCCAUGGUCGAGCCAGACGAGCAGGACAUCGCCGAGGGCUACCGGGAACCCUACGUCGACUACGAGAGCGUCCCGCUGGCCAAGCUGCUCAUCUUUGCGCAGGGCGAGGUCCCAGCCAACGCGAAUCCCUACCGUGAAUACGGCAAUCUCUACAUCACGGAGGAUGAAUGGGAGACACUCAAGAGUCUGGGUGAUCCGCUGAUCGGUAGGAUUGUCGAGUGCUAUGUGGACGACGGCGGCAGAUGGCGCAUGAGCCGGUUCCGUGACGACAAACUCCAUGCCAAUCACAUUAGCGUCGUCGAGAAGGUCAUCGAGAGCAUCCAAAACCCCGUCACGCAGCAGAUGCUGGAAGACUACGGCGCAGCCAUUCGCGAUAAGUGGAAGGCCAGAGCCAGACUCGGCGGCGACAAGGCAUAG